UUCAGGUGCCAGCCUGGCCUGGACCCGGCGGAGGGACUGACGCUUCCGGUGAGCGACCGCGGUAGUUCCCAAGGGCCUGGAGACCCGUGGGGCGGCCUCUGGGGUCUGAGUCCACCGCCCUGGCCUGGACUUCCCCCCUGUACCUAUUCCCCAUUCCUCUGCCGAGCUGGGCACUUAGCCAGCCCCCCUCAACUCUCGGAACCAUGUUUGCAGACUUGGAUUAUGACAUCGAGGAGGACAAACUCGGAAUCCCUACUGUGCCUGGGAAGGUGACCCUCCAGAAGGAUGCUCAGAACCUGAUCGGGAUCAGCAUAGGAGGAGGGGCCCAGUACUGUCCCUGCCUCUACAUCGUCCAGGUGUUUGACAACACCCCGGCAGCCCUGGACGGCACCGUGGCGGCUGGUGACGAGAUCACCGGCGUCAACGGCAGGUCCAUCAAAGGCAAAACGAAGGUGGAGGUGGCGAAGAUGAUUCAGGAGGUGAAGGGGGAGGUGACUAUUCACUACAACAAGCUGCAGGCGGACCCCAAGCAGGGCAUGUCCCUGGACAUUGUGUUGAAGAAGGUAAAGCAUCGGCUGGUAGAGAACAUGAGUUCGGGGACCGCGGACGCCCUGGGCCUGAGCCGGGCCAUCCUGUGCAAUGACGGGCUUGUCAAGAGGCUGGAGGAGCUGGAGCGGACCGCCGAGCUGUAUAAAGGAAUGACAGAACACGCCAAGAAUCUCCUGCGGGCCUUUUAUGAGCUGUCACAGACCCACCGGGCCUUUGGGGACGUGUUCUCUGUGAUUGGGGUGCGGGAGCCCCAGCCAGCUGCGAGCGAGGCUUUUGUGAAGUUUGCCGACGCCCACCGCAGCAUCGAGAAGUUCGGCAUCCGGCUGCUGAAAACCAUCAAGCCGAUGCUGACAGACCUGAACACCUAUCUCAACAAAGCCAUCCCAGACACUCGCCUCACCAUCAAGAAGUACCUGGACGUCAAGUUUGAGUACCUGUCCUACUGCCUGAAGGUGAAGGAGAUGGACGACGAGGAGUACAGCUGCAUCGCCCUGGGGGAGCCCCUGUACCGCGUGAGCACUGGCAACUACGAGUACCGCCUGAUCCUGCGCUGUCGCCAGGAGGCGCGUGCCCGCUUCUCCCAGAUGCGCAAAGACGUGCUGGAGAAGGUGGAGUUGCUGGACCAGAAGCACGUCCAGGACAUCGUGUUCCAGCUGCAGCGCUUCGUAUCCACCAUGUCCCAGUACUACAACGACUGCUACGCGGUGCUGCGCGACGCCGACGUCUUCCCCAUCGAGGUGGACCUGGCCCACACCACGCUGGCCUACGGCCUCAGCCAGGAUGAGUUCACCGACGGGGAGGACGAGGAGGACGAAGACGACGAGGACACGGCAGCUGGGGAGCCGUCCAGGGAUGCGCGAGGGGCCGCCGGGCCCCUGGACCAGGGCGGGAGCUGGUGUGGCUCCUGAGUUGCCCCCGUGGGGUGCGGAGCUGGGGGGGCAGGGUGAGCGAGCGGGAGGACAGCGCCUGGAAGCGGGGGCGGGGCCGCCGCCCGACAGGGCGGAGCCUAAAGGCCCUGCCGGCUUGGGGUGCCUGCCUCCCUGCUCCUCUGUCCUAGCUCAGCGAGCCCGGGCCCCCGUCCGGGAAAAGGCCCGGCCCCGGACACCGGCCCCCUCUCCCCUCCCUCCCCAGCCAGAUGGAGAGCUUGGCCUCUGGAACUGCCUUAGGAAGGAGAGAGGGGGCAGAAAGGAGGAGUGGUGGGAGGUGGCAGGAAGUCCAGGACCCGCCCCCCUGGGCGGCGCCGCUGUCCCCACCUGGAGCCUGCCGGAGCUGGGGGGCCGUGGGUGGACGGCCGAGGUUGAGGCCAGCGUCUCACGUACACCCGCACCUCGCCCGGGGCGGCCCCACCGCAGCCCACACUCACACCUCGGCGGCCUUUAUUUAUUUCGUGCCCCCGGCUCAGCCGCUUCCCCGGGGAGGGGCUGGGCGCCGGGCCUGUAUCGAAUAAACACGAACCCAGACGGA